AUGCCUCAGGACGUUGAACAAAGACUAACAGAAGAACUGGACAAAUUACUCGAAACAACCGAACAAAACCAGACCGGACAGGACACAGUCACCCCCGGCACUUCACUACAAGGCAUAAUCCAGGGGAUCGCAGGCGUAGGGGCCUUGGGGGGAUUCAUACCCUUUGCAUGGUAUAUCUGGAGAAGAAUCUUCCGGACCCCCCGAGCCCCACAGCCUCAGAGGUAUGGGAUCUCCUAUACGGGAAGUAUGCAAGAAGGCUCAAGUGGAGCCCGGCCAAAUCAUGACGAAGAAAUCGUGAAACCGGGACCAGGGAGCAACAAGAGAACAAAAGGGAGGCCACCUACCACAACGGAACUGUCGAAGACCCUCCACGCCUAG